AUGGAGCAACUCGAGGACGAACCGCUACGAAGCUACCUGAACAGAUUCAAGAGCGCGCUGCUCGACCUCAGGGACAUUCCGGGAGCACCCCCAAUCGCGGAACCGGUACUCGUCCAAGCCCUCGGAAACGGACUUCGAUACGAAUCCGGAUUCUGGGAAGAUAUCCGCAUCCGCCCCUCCCCAACUUUGAAGGACGCCUUCCUCCGCGCUGAGAAUUACAUCCGCCUCGAGCAAGACAUCCCGCAGCUACGGUUCGACCCCGAAGAUCCUCGGUUCCGGCUAAGAAACAAGAGAAAGUCAUCAUCCUCUCGCCCGGAGAAGUCCACGCAUAAAGCACCAAGGUGCCAUCACGAAUCUCUCCCUCGCCGAGACGACGCCCCUGUCUACGAUGGCGAGACCAGGAGAAACAUGGAGAAUCGCGCGAAGACUGAUCGCCAUGCACCCCCGCAAUGCUCGUUCUCCGAUCAGGAGAUAUUCGAGAUCAUUGCCGAUAUUCGAAGAACUCCCCUGACAAGCCGCCUAUCCGAGGUACCACUGAAGAAGCGCGCUUCACUACACCUAAACUUCUAUGAUGGCCGAGAAGAUCCCAAGCAGUGGAUCACAUCCUUCAUGACGGCCAUGAGAAGACAGAAAUAUACAUCGCCGGAAGAACAAAGCGCGCACUUCUGCCAAGCCCUCGCCGAACACUUGCGCGGCGACGCCCUAACAUGGUUCAGCAACCUCUGUGCCGACUCCAUCGACAGUUUCGACGAUCUAGCAGCCGCUUUCCUAAAGCAACACCUCCGUUUCGCAUUAGACGACCUCGUCUUUUGCAAAACCGAUGACGAUACGAUCUAUGGUCUCGGCAAAUUCGGUUCCGACUGGGAAGGACCAUUCCGCAUCGCGAAAGUCGUCAAACCAGGUAUCUAUCAGCUAGAAGACAACCUCGGCACCACGUCCGAUCGCCUCUGGAGCUCGUCGGAUCUGCGCAAGUUCCAUGACUAG